AGCACUCAUCCACCGCUAUAUUCUACUUUGCAGCGAUUUAUCUCUGUUGAGCUGGUCAGCAAAGGGUGAAGGAGUAUCAAUUUGUUCCGCAUACAUCUACAAGGAACUACCAUUCUUUCCGGCCCCGUCUAUUCAUCUAUUCAUACAAUCAGUCUACCUCUACUAUACCCCCAUUGUGCAAGUGGACCCACCAUGGACGGAAGACUCGAAUUCUGAUACUGGCCCAUACUCCCGGCAUGGACACGCAUAUCUGACGUCUGUCGUUGCUAUCCGUUCAUUUAUAUGGUCAACUACGAUACUGCUGCUUCCUGAGGCAGACUGAUACAUAGCUAUACUUACUGGCUGCAUACGGCCACGUUGAGGGCUGCCCCUUCCACAGCCAGCAUGGAGACGACGGCUUCUGUUGAGACCCAGGACUUGAACGGGCACUUGUCUGAGACUCUACGGAUCAAACAAUACAUGCCAAACAUGCCAACUACGGAGACUCUGCCACAGGGCUCGAAUGGCUACUCAUCCGAAACGUUGCAGAUCAAGCAAUACAUGCCACCUACACGGACCCAACCAAAUGGCAACGCACAAUCACCGCAGCUACCUUCACAUCAGUCGUUGUCUCAACCCCCUGCUAAACGUCCGCGGAGUGCACGCCAGAACGGUGACACACAGGGCCACACUGGGAUGGAACAUUCGGAUUCUCAGGAGGGUUCGUUUAUCAAAUUCAGGAUACCCAGAAGCGCCACGGACAGUGGACUGGACGAUGGAUCACAGAGCACUGAAUGGAUUUUCCGUGAUCUCGAGACGGAUACGAACACUAGCACACCUAAUGAAUCUAUGACAUCUGCCUCGUUAUUGACCACCAAUCAGAAAAAAUCUGCUUCGCCUUUGAAUCCUAUCCAUUCAUUUCCCGCUACCUCGUCCUUCGGGUCCCCAUCCUAUGUGACUGACAGCAAGACCGAUCACGCCAGGUUUCGACCGAAAUCGUCCAUCCCAUCGGGACUGUCUGCUGCAGCGUAUGGGCUGCAGUGUGUUGCGGCAGCGUAUGCAUCUCGUCUGAACCCUUAUGCUUUGCACUCUCAAGAGCAGGAGGCUUUACAAGACCAUCUGUGUCACCUGCAUGUGACGGUGUACCUGAACAUACGCAACGGGAUUCUUCGACUCUGGACUAGGAACCCGCUAGUCAGCGUUUCCAAGGACGAGGCUCUCGGAUGCGCCAAGGACUACCGUUGGAUGAAUCUCGCUUUGUUUGCGUAUGAAUGGCUCCUUCGGAAUGGCUAUAUCAACUUUGGAUGUGUCGAGAUUCCCCUGCCUCCAGCUCCUGCCGUUCCCGCCAAAUCAGGAUGGAGAAAGGACGGCCCUGUGAUCGUGGUAAUCGGUGCUGGUAUGGCAGGACUAGGUUGCGCGAGGCACCUAGAAGGCCUUUUCAACCAAUAUCACGACACCAUAUCCAGUGAGCCACGCGUAGUGGUCUUGGAAGGACGACGUAGGAUUGGUGGCCGGAUCUAUUCCCAUCCUCUGCAAAGCCUCAAGGCCUCAAGCCUGCCGCCUGGACAUGUCCCCAAGGCUGAGAUGGGCGCACAUAUCAUCGUGGGAUUUGACCAUGGCAAUCCGAUGGAUCCUAUUAUUCGCGGUCAACUGGCUCUUUCGUACCACUUACUACGCGAUCUUUCGACACUCUACGACAUUGAUGGGACACCGACCGAUGAAGUACAGGAUGCUAUGGUCGAGAGUCUCUACAACAACGUGUUCGAUCGUUCUGGGCUCUAUCGUCACAAAUCCGUAAUCCCGCGGACUGCUGAGGGCGAUCGAGAACUGAUCGAUUCAGGUCGUGAUCUGACCGUAAGCGAUGGUCUAACGGUACGACAGUACGAGGAAGCCAGGGCUGCAGGUACUGUCGGGUUAUUGAAACCGAAUAAACGGGUCCGUCGGGGCGUGGGUCACAAGACGGCAGAUAUCAAGGCCAAGGUUGCUUCCGUCGCGGACCUCGGUCCUGCAGAAGAACAAUCUGCUGCUCUGACCUGUCAAACUAUGGGGUGGAAGCUGAACCCCGAGAUUUCUGUGAACACGACGCUAGAUUUGGAUCCUGUUGCAAAGGCUUCAGACCAGCAAACGCUGGGUGCUGUACUGGACGAAGGUGUCAGGCAGUAUCAGCGCAUGAUUCCGCUUACGCCUAAGGAUAUGAGAUUAUACAAUUGGCAUUUUGCGAAUCUAGAGUAUGCAAACGCUGCGAACGCGGGUCAGCUCAGUCUCUCCGGUUGGGAUCAGGAUGUGGGGAACGAGUUCGAUGGUGAACAUUCUCAAGUGAUCGGUGGUUAUCAGCAGGUGCCGUAUGGGUUGUUUUCUUUGCCGUACAAGCUUGACAUCCGCCCAAACAAGAUUGUCUCUAGAAUUCACUAUGAUAUAACCGGGGCCCGUCAAGGGAAAACCGUGGUCCAGUGCGAAGACGGCGAAGUUAUCCAAGCAGACAGGGUAGUGUUUACCGGUUCUUUGGGGGUUCUGAAAAGCGAGGAUAUAGAAUUCUCCCCUCCACUCCCCGACUGGAAGCUUGGGGCGAUUGAACGGCUUGGAUUUGGCCUUUUGAACAAGGUGAUCCUGGUAUUUGAUAGACCAUUCUGGGAUACAGAACGGGACAUGUUUGGACUUCUACGCGAGCCUACGAACCCUGACAGCUUAGAGCAUGAGGAUUACGCGGCCAAUCGAGGACGGUUUUACUUGUUCUGGAACUGUCUGAAGACGACUGGUCUACCGGUUCUUAUUGGUCUGAUGUCCGGAGAUGCCGCACACCAGGCGGAGCGUAUCCCGGACGCAGAGAUCGUUACCGAAGUUACCAGCCAGCUUCGCAACGUCUUCAAGCAUGUAGCGGUUCCCGACCCGUUGGAAACUAUUGUCACGCGAUGGGGUACAGACAAGUUUACCAGAGGCAGUUACUCGUUUGUACCACCCGAGUCACUUCCGGGAGACUAUGACUUGAUGGCAACGCCGGUUGGGAAUCUACAUUUUGCGGGAGAAGCUACCUGCGGCACGCAUCCUGCUACCGUUCAUGGAGCGUACCUCUCAGGAUUGCGCGCCGCAUCCGAAGUCAUCAACGCCAUCACUGGCCCAAUCGAGAUCCCCCAACCACUCGUCCCAGAAAAGGGCAGCAUCAGCAGCACACCCGUCACAGCAGGCCAGAAGCGGAAGGAACCCGCAGCGCCAACGCCAUUCUCCUCGACAGACCAACAACCACCCGCCCGAACCAACAACUCCUUUAUCCCCGCUGAAAAAGCCCUCCGCGACGCCUACAACACAGCCAUGUGGGACGCCAUCUACACCGAAAUCGGCCACCCACAGCCUCGUCCCGCAAAAACAGGCCUAAACCCCUUCCUCUUCUACCAGAAGGACUACUGGCUGCAAGCGCGUGAACAGGCCGACGAGCAGAAACGUGCCACGUCCAAGAACCCCAAUGCGAAAGCCGCGCGUGAUGAAGUCCGUCAGGUUCUGGGGCUCAUGUGGAGACAGGCGGCGGAGGAGAUUCGACGACCAUAUCUUGAGCAGGUGGAGACUAAUAGGCGGAUGAAUGAGGAGAUCGUAUGAGGUUAAGGAUCAGUGGUGUAAGGAGAAUCCGUUUGAGAGCUGGCAACCUGAGUCUUCUACGGCCAAUGGCGCUGAUGCUUCGGUUUCGAAUGCGUCCAUUAAUCCGGCUUGAUACCUGUGUUAAUUUCUAUUUCUAUUCUUAUGACGUUUAAGACAGCUACUACAGUGCAGUGCAGAGAAUAAUUUUGUAAUCCCAAGAGUUACAAUUCUAUAUCUAUCGACUGAAGUAG